AUGGCGCUCAAACCAGAUUUGGGACCACAGGAUUCCCUACUUCCCCCGCUUCCGGACAUCAAAGACGAUAACAUAAGGAUCCAAGUGUUCACGCACAGGAGCUUUUUUGCACGGCCUGUGCAUAUAUUUGAGGACCACCCAAAUGACCUCAGCCCCGAUAAUGAGAAACUCGAACAUCUUGGGGAUACAGUCUUGGGGCUGGUGGUGACACGUCUCAUGCUGGACAUGUAUCCUGGCCUGCGGGUUGGUCCUUCCACGAAAAUACGCGCGUUAAUUGUUGGGAACGCCACAUUAGCGCAUAUUUCGCUCAAGUAUAAGCUGCCUGACAAACUUCGGCUGCAUCCCGCGCAAGCACUUACCCUGCGCGCUUCGACGAAUGUCCAAGCCGAUGUAUUUGAGUCGUUUGUUGGAGGUUUGUAUGUCGACCAGGGCCUGGAUCGCGCCCAGCCUUGGCUGUACCAGCUUUUCCGGCCAUUCGUCGAGCUAGCAUACAAUACGGUACGCAUGCAGCACGGCCUCCCCUCAGCAUGUGCUCCUCCUUCCCCACCUCCUGCCCAUAGUCAAUUUCCGGCCCGUCAGCCCCUUGGGCAUGCUGAUCUCAAUGUUACCGAGACGACUGUCGGACACCUAGGGCUGUUCAACCAGCACCUCCAGAAAGCUAACCGGCAAGUCGAGUGGAUCUACUCCAUCCGCGACCCCGACUCGGACGACGGGGAGGAGGCUGACUCGGAAAUGUUAAAGGGUAUCAAGACCACGCCUGUGUGGUAUGUUAAGGUUGUUGUCGAUGGGGAGCACUUUGGGAAAGGCAAGGGGAAUACGAAGAAGGCGGCGAGGAACGAGGCAGCCAAGGAGGGCUUGAAGAAGUUGGAUAUCAAUGUUUAGUGAGUUGCCCUUUUGAUUCUGCAUGGUUUCUCCAGACUGGGGCUGGACACUUGCGGGCUAGCUGCGGUGUGAAGAGGCUGUGGGGAGGGACAUCGGUCAAACAACCAAUCGGGUAUCUAAUGCAACAUCGGAAGGAGUGGGGUAAAUGGACUAUCGCUGUGAAAAAGUGGGUCAGAUGACGGGUUGCCGUGGGGUACGCAUUGUGUAAAUGUUUUGUCAGAAAUGUGAUUGUUGUCGGCUUUCUGCGGAUCUGGCCAC